UUCUGCUCAGCCGGGGCGGUAAAGGGCGGGGAGUCCUUGUCCGGUCCGCAGGUGUGCCCCCUCUGCUUCCGCCAUCGAUUCCCGGUCCACAGGCCAGAGGGGAGCAUCGGGGCUGGCAGGCGGGCGUGAACCAGGUCUAAACAUUGUUUGCGUGCAGGGCGUGCGGUGGGCAGUGGGUCGGAGGAACGAGGAGCAACAAGCCCUAGAUGAGAGAAGCCUCUACCUGAAGCCGACUGUCCAAAGAGCCCCAGUUGGCAACGUUGAACGGGAGUUAAGAUCCUCCCGCAAUUCCCCGUGACAGAGGUUCUACCCAUUUCCCAGAAGCGCAAGAACCGAGAGAGGACCGAGGAAAUGAGUGCAUGCUCAGUGGCUCAGCUCCGGUGUCACUGUAGGUUAGAGAACAGAGGGGAAGUGUCUGCGGCCCCCUCACUCUGCGCUCCUGGCCAUCACCCACAGAAGUUAGGGUUGCCAAUUGAAGGGCGCUAGGACCCGGUGGCGCUGCGUCGGCCAGGAUUGGGCGCUACGGGUUCUGAAGGGCUCCCCCGCACACCGUCGCGGCCCGCCGAAGCAGGUGAGGGCGCGGUGCGGUGCUCCGCGGAGAGCCGAGGGGCGGAGGGGGCCGCCACACCUAGGGCGCUGCGAAGCGCCCGGGGCUGGCGCGGGCGGAGCCGCCCAGAGGGCCGCGCGUGUCCCCGGCCUCGGCCCCGCCCCGCGCCGUCCAAUGAGAGCCCGCGGCCGAGGGGCUGUCCGCACACACUCUGCCCGCAGCCCUACUCCGCGCCACCGACCCCCUGACACCGCGCCCAGCGCCGGGGCAGCGCGUCCCAGACCCGGGGCUCCGCGCGCCGCCGUCGGCUUCCGGAACCCGUUCCCUGAGCCCCUCUCCGGGGCCCUGCGCCCCGGCUCCCGGACUCCAGGUGCCCCUGGGUCCCCCGCCGCCGGGCCCUAUGGCCCCCCAAGGGGGUGAGGUAGGAGCAGCCUGAGUACCCCGAGCCGGUGCCCCGUCCACGCCCCUCCGGGUCGCGCGGCGGGAGUCAUCGGGGAGCUAUGCUGAAGCCGGGUGGUGCGGAGGAAGCCGCACAGCUCCCCCCUCGGCGCGCCCGCGCCCCUGUCCCCGUGCUCCCGCCAGGACCCGCGGCCCCCGACGGCUCUCGGGCUUCGGCCCGCCUCGGUCUUGCCUGCCUGCUGCUGCUGCUGCUGCUGACGCUGCCGGCCCGCGUAGACACGUCCUGGUGGUACAUCGGGGCACUGGGGGCCCGAGUGAUCUGUGACAAUAUCCCUGGUCUGGUGAGCCGGCAGCGGCAGCUGUGCCAGCGUUACCCAGACAUCAUGCGCUCGGUGGGCGAGGGUGCCCGAGAAUGGAUCCGAGAGUGUCAGCACCAGUUCCGCCACCACCGCUGGAACUGCACCACGCUGGACCGGGACCACACUGUCUUUGGCCGUGUCAUGCUCAGAAGUAGCCGGGAGGCAGCAUUUGUAUAUGCCAUCUCGUCUGCAGGGGUGGUCCAUGCUAUCACUCGUGCCUGCAGCCAGGGAGAACUGAGUGUGUGCAGCUGUGACCCCUACACCCGUGGCCGACACCAUGACCAACGUGGGGAUUUUGACUGGGGUGGCUGCAGUGACAACAUCCAUUAUGGUGUUCGCUUUGCCAAGGCCUUUGUGGAUGCCAAGGAAAAGAGGCUUAAGGAUGCCCGGGCCCUCAUGAACUUACAUAACAACCGCUGUGGUCGCACGGCUGUGCGGCGGUUUCUGAAGCUCGAGUGUAAGUGCCAUGGCGUUAGUGGCUCCUGUACUCUGCGCACCUGCUGGCGUGCACUCUCAGACUUCCGCCGCACAGGUGAUUACCUGCGGCGGCGCUAUGAUGGGGCUGUGCAGGUGACAGCAACCCAGGAUGGCGCCAACUUCACAGCAGCCCGCCAAGGUUAUCGCCGUGCCACCCGGACUGACCUUGUCUACUUUGACAACUCCCCAGACUACUGUGUCUUAGACAAGGCUGCAGGUUCCCUAGGCACUGCGGGCCGUGUCUGUAGCAAGACAUCCAAAGGGACGGAUGGUUGCGAAAUCAUGUGCUGUGGCCGAGGGUACGACACAACUCGAGUCACCCGUGUCACCCAGUGUGAGUGCAAAUUCCACUGGUGCUGUGCAGUGCGGUGCAAGGAGUGCAGAAACACUGUGGACGUCCACACUUGCAAGGCCCCCAAGAAGGCAGAGUGGCUGGACCAGACCUGAAUGUAGAAAUACCUCACUCAUCCCUCUACUUCAAAACUCCUGGCUCAAAAGCACAAGAUCUUUGCAUGCACGCCUUCCUCUACCCUCAGCUCUGGGCUGCUACAGUUUCUAUUUAAGGACUUGGAAAGCAAUCCAGAAGGACUCUGGUGUCCUGACUGGUUCCUUAGCCCUGGGAAGGAGUUGACAGGGGAUGUAAGAAACUGAACAGCUCCCUGACUGCCCCCUCUGGAGGUUAGAAGGGAGAGGGGAAGAGGUGGGGUCUUCAGAGUGAUAUAAGUUGCACUAAAGCACAUGGUCAAGGCUCAUUUUUCCUUUCCUUUGCACUGGCUUCCUGACAUUUCUGGUGUGUGCAAGAGGAAAGGUACCUGGAGAGAGCUUCUUUGUGUUCCUACCUGACUAAGGGUAGAUGGGACAGAGAUGGAACCACAUCUCUUCCCUGGGUCAGUUUGAGCAGACUGCCUGGUACCCCAAAAGAAACUCUCAGGCUACAACCUUCUUCCAUUAUCCCAGAGCCUGGGAUUCCUAGGUAAGAGUUAGCCGUAGUGGACAAGGUUCCAUUCACAUGCUCAUAGGUUUAUAAACUGCUGUAUUUUGUAAGGGAAAAUAUUAUAUAACUAUACAAACAUACAUUCUCUUCCAACCUCCCUCUUCUUUUCAACCUAUAUCAGAUAGCACUGCCCCUUGCUCACUUGCUGCCUGUUCAAACCAAGUGGCAUGUAGUGGUUCUUAUGCCUAAUAGAUCACUAGAAUACCCUGGAACACUCCUGAGAAAGAAUAAUUUAGUAAGCCUGCCUAGGCCUUUGGGGCUUUAUUUUAUUUUUUUAAAGUUUCUAUCCAUUCUUCUGGAGGUCAACUAGGUUUGGGAAACACUUAGUAAAAGAUAUGUGACCCAUGGAGGGUAGGAAAGGGUAGCAGGCCUGAUCUCAAGGGCCCCACAUGAGGCAUCAGUGUAUACUAGUCACGUAGGGAUCUCUGGCUUUGGCAAUUUUUAGGAGAGAAUCCUAGUCUUUGAAGUUGGGCAUGGAAGCCAGUGGCUACAGAGGAAAAGAGAGCUGGGGCUUUGGGGCCAAAGUGGUAAACAACUUAAAAAACAGCCUUUCCCCAUUUAUUGAACAAAUUUUUAUUUAGUGGCUCUCUAAGUUCUGGGGAUUAUUACUGUUCACUCCAUGUUUGGCUUAAACAGGGGAGUUCCUUCUAUGCUACUACCUGCUGCCUAACUAAGCUUGCAGUAGUGGAGUCUCCAGAGAUAGCAGGCUUUGUAAGCUACAAGCUAGGAUAUGGAGUCCCAAAAACUGUGAUGUCCUAUUUUUAGGUGACUUAGACAAUGGCUAUCUUUUGAUAAUUUAAGAGAGCAAAGUGGUAUCGAAAUUUGCAGUUAUGACACACCUGGGUUGAAAUCACAGUUGUGCCAUUUACAGUUUUUGAUAUUUUGAGCAAGAUACCCAAAUUCUACAAGCCUCUAUCAUCUCGUCUGUAAAAUGAGGUUAUAAACCUAUCUCAGAUACUGAGUUUUAAUUGUGCCCCCCAAUUCCAGCCAACAGACACUCUUACCAAAGUUCCUAACUGGUCUAGCCCAUCAUGACUUCUCUUGAAACCUUCCGUUUACAAUUGCAAAGUAUUGACAGCAAGCUGUUGAUUAAAGGGCCUACACAAGGAAUUCUGAACAUAGGCGCCCACCCCCCCCCCUCCAAGUUCCUCUCCAACAUCCCUUGGGGUCCUCAUGUGUUUGUAGAACAGCUUCACUCUGCACAGGCAGCAGAAGGAUAGGGGAGCCAGAGCUCUGGGCCAUGGGGGCAGAUUUAUUUGGAUGAUAGGACUAAUAUUUGUGUAACCUGCUGAGACCUGUGUGGGAGAGUUUAGGGUGGUUUUUCUUUUGGUGAGGGGUUUGCUCCGGUUUCACAUCCAUUAACACAAAACAUGAGCUAGUCAGGGCCCUUGUGGUCUGCGGUGAGGGGAUUCCUGUGGAGAAAUGGGACUGAGUGAGUCAGGCCAGGGGAAUGUCUUCCUUGCAGAGUGGAGUCAACUGGAUAACUGAUGAGCCAAUGGUGGGAUUAGGGAGGGGGAAAUGGGAGGGAAAGAGAAGAGCUUCUGACAUCUUGAGCUGGGAUUAGGAGGAGGAGAGCCUUAGCAUAGUGGGAAGGUAAGGGGGUCAAAGUCAGUCUGAAUCAAGAAUACAGCUGAAGGAAUUUACAUCAGGGUGUUUGGGUAGAGCCUCAGGUCCCAGUCAGCCCCUGCUCUCACAAGAAUGCCCAGGUAACCACAUAAAUGAUAGCUAGGCCUUCCUGGGACUUCAACCCAAGUUCAAUCUGCCUGUGCUGUCACCUAUUCCUUUUCAGUUCUUACCCUAUGAAGGAAAUUGAGCCUCUUCUGGCAUCUCGUACUGCUCUGGACUUCCCCUGGGCUCCAAAUUCUAGUUCAUAAAGACCCAAGUUUUGUAAUUUACUAUAAAUGGUUAAGAGAAAAGCAAGCUGUCCAGAGAGUGAAAAGUUUGAAUAGUGGGGUGGAUAGCGAAAGAAAAGAGGUCCAUGUGAGCCCCACUACAGAGGCAAUGUGGUCCCAAGAAGGGAUGGAUGAUGGCCAAGCAAUUAAUUUUUCCUCGUAUUUCUUAGCUUGCCUCUGCAUUGUGACUGGCUUUGGACAACUGGCGUCUAUUCUGCAAUAAAACAAACAGAAACUAAUUUAUUUGGAACAAGCAGCAAAAGGAGAACUUUAUUUGGUGCAGUCAGGGCUCCAUUUAGUCCUGCUGCCACCCACUCACAGUGUCUAAGCCCUCUCCAGACCCUCCUCUGGUCAGGAGAGUUCUGUGCCUCCAGCAGCGGUCUCUUAGCCCCUCUCUGACACUCCUUCCUGUCAGUCCUCAUUUCUUCUAACUUUUAACAUUUAGGUAGAAUGCGUUGCAGAAAGUGCUAUUUGGGUACAAAGUUAACUUCAAAGACACAAUCUCUAUCCUUUAAAGAUCUUAGACUGUUUUAGAGAAGGCAGGUGACUGAAGUACCUCAGCUGCACAGCCCAUGGCCAGUUUUUCUCAUGUAGAAGUAAGAAUGCCAGCCUUAAUCUAGUCCUGCAGAUAAGAGCCAACUGCUAUUAUUGCUAGCCUUGAAUAGUAGUGCUCGCCCUUAUGCUUUCUUAGAAUGAUGCUGGAAAAUGAAAUCAGGGACUUCAGAUUAUUUUUUAAAAAAUUAAACACUGCCUGGCCCUGAACGUCUGUUUGCAAAAAGUCUUGUAGGUCUGACUCAUGACCACUUACGGCCUCAUUUCUUUUCCUCCCUGUUGCAGAGGGUAAUCUCUUCUCCUUUUUCUCACCUCCCUUAGCAAGAACACCAACCACUAAGUCUUCUGCCAAAUUCUCAGACCCACUCAGGACACUGGUUUCUACACAGUUUAAUAUAUGAGAGUUAAUCGGGAUUUUUUUUCCCCCUCAGCCUGAGGUUUUUAAACACCCUCAGUGGUCACAGGGCAGAAACCCAAGGGAGGACUCCAGGGAGAGUAUGUUUCUCAUCCCUGGGAGGCCGUCAGCCUAGCUCCUGCAGCCAAAUUACAGCACCAGAGAAUAAUGUGAUGCAUUCCUGGGCAGGUCGGUGGGACCCUGGGCGCCUGGGCCUUGUGGAGAGAGGUGCCAGACACAGAGCUCUCCGUAAGCAAUCCUGCAGAGCCGCCCCCUGGGUGCAGAAAUGAAAUACGGGAGAGCUUCACAUUACACGGAGACCUGUAGCUCACACCUGGUUAUUGAUGGCCUUGGUGGAAGCCUCUGCCCCCUCCCUCCACUUGGGAACUGCCUGCUACUACGGGGGUUGGGCACCUUUGAAGCAAUGUUGGAAAACAAGAAAGAGAUGCUUCCUUUCCACUCCUUGCUCUCCCUGCGAGCCUGCGCACAGCCAUGAGGAUACGCGUGCGUGCACGCGUGAUAUGUGUUUGCGUGGACACACACGCAAGCUUCUCUCAGGCUGCAGCAGAGUUCUAGUCAUCCCCGGUCCCUAACAAUAAAACAAACAACUGGAUUUCAAUCACAUCCUUCAAAAUUCCUGCCAUUAUCAGGGGUUCAGCCGUAACCAAGUAACAUUAAACAUUUCCAUUCUCAAUAUGCAA